AUGGCGCCAUUCCAACCCUCCAAUAUCCUCAUCCUUGGGGGCAUUGGGAACAUUGGGUACUACAUCGCGGAUGCCAUCAUCAAGGCGCAGCCCCCAUUCAAGCAAAUCACAGUCUUCAUUCGCAAAGACUCGGCGAGCAAGAAGCAGGCCUUCGUCAAGGCCUUUGAAGCAAGGGGCGUCAAGGUCGUCACUGGCGACCUGGAGACAAAGUCAGAUAUCCAGGCCAUUUACGAGGGCAUCGACACGGUCGUCUCUGCGCUCGGCCGCGACGCCCUCGAGCGUCAGAUCGACCUCAUUCGCGAGGCGGAGGCUUCCGACUCGGUCAAGUGGUUCAUCCCGUCCGAGUACGGCACCGACAUAGAAUAUGGCCCAUCGAGCGCCGCCGAGAAGCCCCACCAGCUGAAGCUCAAGGUGCGCAGGGCGCUCCGCGAAGACACAAAGCGCCUCGAGCACACCUUUGUCGUGACGGGCCCGUACAGUGACAUGUACUUCAACUUAUCGGACAAGUUCCCCGAAGUUGGCGGGUUUGAUGCCGCGAGGAAGAAAGCGGUCCUGAUUGAGGACGGUGAGGGCAAGAUUGGGUUCACGACGAUGCCUGAUGUCGGAAAGGCUGUGGUAGCUGUCCUGCGACAGCCCGAGGCGUCGUUUGGCAAGGCGAUCAAGGUGCAGUCCUUCGUCGUGACACCGAAACAGAUCCUCGCCGAGUUCGAGAAGCAGACGGGCGGGGAGAAGUGGAACGUAUCCUACACGCCGCUGCAGAGCCUGAAGGAGGCAGAACAAAAGGCUUGGAGCCAGACGCCGGGUACCGCGACGCUAUACACGCUGGGGCGUAUCUGGGCUGAGGGUGGCACUCUGUAUGAAAAGACAGACAAUGAGAGCAUUGGGUUGAAGGAGGCAGAGCUCGAGACGCUCGAGGCGUCCGUCAAGCGGUAUCUGGUGACAGGCUGGGUUCCGAAAGUCGUGGAUGGGAAAGCAACUCUCCCGGUGUAA